AUGUGCACAUUUUUUUUGGCACCAGAAUCUCAGACUGUGAGGGACGGCGCCGAAAAGAAGUUUCCCUGUACUGAGUGCGGGAAGUGUUUCCGUUUAAAAUACCAGCUUAAAGAGCAUAACAGAUCUCACACAGGUGAGAAGCCGUAUUCCUGUUCUGAGUGCGGGAAAUGUUUUUCACAGCAGUCCAGUCUUUACACACAUCAGAGAUCACACACGGGGGAGAAGCCUUUUUACUGUUCUGAGUGCGGGAAAUGUUUUUCAAGUAAACCCCAGCUUUCCGCACAUAAGAGAUCGCACACGGGGGAGAAGCCUUUUUUGUGUCCUGAGUGCGGGAAAUGUUUUUCAGGGAGGUCCAGUCUUUACACACAUCAGAGAUCACACACGGGGGAGAAGCCUUUUUCCUGUUCUGAGUGCGGGAAAUGUUUUUCAGAGAAAUCCAAGCUUUCCGCACAUCGGAGAUCGCACACGGGGGAGAAGCCUUUUUUCUGUCCUGAGUGCGAGAAAUGUUUUUCAGAGAAGUCCAGUUUAUAUAAACAUCAGAGAUUGCACACGGGGGAGAAGCCGUAUUCCUGUCCUGAGUGCGGAAAAUGUUUUUCAGAUAAGUCCAGUUUAAAUAAACAUCAGAGAUCUCACACGGGGGAUAAGCCGUAUUCCUGUCUAGAGUGUGGGAAAUGUUUUUCAGAUCGGUCCAAUUUUUACAAACAUCAGAGAUUGCACACAGCAAAGAAGUGACUUUCCUGUCCUGAUUGCGGGAAAUGUUUUUCAGAGAGGUCCACUAUUUACAAACAUCAGAGAUCUCACACGGGAGAGAAGCCGUAUUCCU